UAAUGUUUGGCAAAACAAUAAAAAUUUAGGGUUCUGUUCUUUUAAAGGGAAAGGACAAAGAAACAUUUGAGACUGCACUUAGGAAAUAAUUUGAUGCUCUUACAGUCAAAAAGAUCUUUCAGGAUUCUGAAUAGUGUAUGUAAGAGAAGCUAAUUGGAUCAAAGAUGAUUAUUUAUCAUACAGAUGAAUAUCCAGCCUUUGUUGAUGGUACAGGAAAAGAAGAUUAUGUUCCAUCAUGUAAAUAUUAUUGAAAUAUUGAUUAGUAUUUGUUGUUGCUGAGUAUCCUAAGUUAGUUGGUACUUUGAUAUUAAAAGAUGGAAUUGAUGAAGCAGCAGUACUUAAGUCAGGGAAAGUGUUAUGGAGUUAAAUAAGUAAUUAAGAUAAGUUAGGAGAAUUUAAGAAGGAUAAUAUAAAGAAAUUAUUGAAUCAUUAAAAGAAGUAAUUAAAAUAGAAUAUCUAGAUUGUUGGCAAUUGUGGCUAUUGGUUGUGAUUCAAUAGAUUUAUAGAAAGAAUAAGAAAAGGGGAUAGGUGGAUAUAUUUUGCAUAAACAAGGGGAUAAAUUAUGGGAACAUGGUCCAAAUGAAUUGGGUUAACCAGUAGAACCAGAAAACUUUGAUGAAGUAUAAGAAACAAAAACAUAAAACUAUGAGGAAUAUUCAGAUGAUGAUAUUGAUUUAAAUAUGAUUGCACCUGGAGCAAAGAAACCAGCAGCAAAAAAAGAAUAGAAAAAAACAAUUAAAGCAAAACCAGUCUAAUAAUAAUAAUAAUAAUAAUAAGUAAAAUAACAAUUUUCAGAUGAUAGUGAUGAUGACAAUAAACAUAAAAAAGGUGCUUAAAAUAAAUAAUAAUAAUAAUAAAAAUAAUAAUAAUAAUAAUAAGUUGGAGGUGUUCCAACAAAAGUAAUGGAUGAAUACAUAAAGGAAUCAUUUUUAAAUGCUUGUAAAAUUGGAAUUAAUGAUAAGUAAUUACCUAUAGAAGGUUAAGUAUUUUAUGAAAAGUUUAUGCUUGCAUUUAAGAAACCAGGAAUUGAAUUAGAUUUAAAGAAUUCAUCUUAUUAAAAGAUAGGAAAGUAAUUUUAUAUUUAUAUUUCAUAGAUUUUUAUAGACAAUGUAAAAGGAUGGAUUAAUUGAAUAUAAAGAAAUCAAAAAGGGAGGAUAACCUUCAAUAACUAAAAUUGAUAGAUAAAAUGAAUAAAUUAGUGAUUGGGAACCAACUGUAUUGAAAGCUGCAAAGAAAGGUGACGAAGAGAAGGAAGAAAAGAAUUAAGUUGUUUAAUAUAAAUAGAAUAUAGAAGUCAUUGAUCUUUUUUUACCAGUAGGUCCUUUGGUUAAAAUAUUUACUAAGGAAGGUGAAGAAAAUUAAAAAGUAGAACCAUUAACAAGAGAAUAAUAUAUAUCUUAAUUAAAUUAAUAUAUAAAGAAGAAUUUGAAAUAAGAAAAGAAAAUGAUAGUUUUAACAGAAGAUUUGGUGAAUGAAUUAGGAAUAAAAGAACAUGAAUCUGAAAGUGAAGAUGAAUAAUAAGAAGAUUAAUAAUAAGAUAAGGAAAAAGAAAAAGAAAAAGAAUAGAAAAGAAAAUAACCAUAAAAUUAGAUUUCUUUAGAAAAGCUACAUAAGAAAAUUGAAGAAUUAAUGUAAAAGAGUUAUAAAAUUAAAAAUUUGAGAUUAAAUUAAAGUGAAUUGAAAUAAGGUGAAUUUAAGGGAUUGUAAAUAAUAGCUGAAAAAUAACAUAAUUAAUAAGUAAAUAGAAUAGUAGGUUUAGAGUAAUUUGGAUUUGAUCAUGCAGGAAAGGUUGAAGAUAUAUAUAGUUUUGCAUUUGUGGUUAAAUAAAUGCAGGAAGCAUUCCAUUGUGGUAUUGGUAUUCAUGAUGGAGCUGGUAAAAAUGCAGGAAAAGUAUAAUUUAUAUAAUAAUAAAAGGAAAUCAUUUUACAAAAAAAUGUAUUUGAUUAAUUGUCUGAUUAUUGUACAAAUAUAUUGAAGAUAGAUAGUAAAUAUAUUCAUGAGUAAAAUAAAUUGGGUGGAAACAAGAANAAUAAUAAUAAUAAUAAUAAGUUGGAGGUGUUCCAACAAAAGUAAUGGAUGAAUACAUAAAGGAAUCAUUUUUAAAUGCUUGUAAAAUUGGAAUUAAUGAUAAGUAAUUACCUAUAGAAGGUUAAGUAUUUUAUGAAAAGUUUAUGCUUGCAUUUAAGAAACCAGGAAUUGAAUUAGAUUUAAAGAAUUCAUCUUAUUAAAAGAUAGGAAAGUAAUUUUAUAUUUAUAUUUCAUAGAUUUUUAUAGACAAUGUAAAAGGAUGGAUUAAUUGAAUAUAAAGAAAUCAAAAAGGGAGGAUAACCUUCAAUAACUAAAAUUGAUAGAUAAAAUGAAUAAAUUAGUGAUUGGGAACCAACUGUAUUGAAAGCUGCAAAGAAAGGUGAUGAAGAGAAGGAAGAAAAGAAUUAAGUUGUUUAAUAUAAAUAGAAUAUAGAAGUCAUUGAUCUUUUUUUACCAGUAGGUCCUUUGGUUAAAAUAUUUACUAAGGAAGGUGAAGAAAAUUAAAAAGUAGAACCAUUAACAAGAGAAUAAUAUAUAUCUUAAUUAAAUUAAUAUAUAAAGAAGAAUUUGAAAUAAGAAAAGAAAAUGAUAGUUUUAACAGAAGAUUUGGUGAAUGAAUUAGGAAUAAAAGAACAUGAAUCUGAAAGUGAAGAUGAAUAAUAAGAAGAUUAAUAAUAAGAUAAGGAAAAAGAAAAAGAAAAAGAAUAGAAAAGAAAAUAACCAUAAAAUUAGAUUUCUUUAGAAAAGCUACAUAAGAAAAUUGAAGAAUUAAUGUAAAAGAGUUAUAAAAUUAAAAAUUUGAGAUUAAAUUAAAGUGAAUUGAAAUAAGGUGAAUUUAAGGGAUUGUAAAUAAUAGCUGAAAAAUAACAUAAUUAAUAAGUGAAUAGAAUAGUAGGUUUAGAGUAAUUUGGAUUUGAUCAUGCAGGAAAGGUUGAAGAUAUAUAUAGUUUUGCAUUUGUGGUUAAAUAAAUGCAGGAAGCAUUCCAUUGUGGUAUUGGUAUUCAUGAUGGAGCUGGUAAAAAUGCAGGAAAAGUAUAAUUUAUAUAAUAAUAAAAGGAAAUCAUUUUACAAAAAAAUGUAUUUGAUUAAUUGUCUGAUUAUUGUACAAAUAUAUUGAAGAUAGAUAGUAAAUAUAUUCAUGAGUAAAAUAAAUUGGGUGGAAACAAGAAAAAGUAAGAAGGAAUGACUAGAUAGUGAA